CACUCAGCGCCCGGCGAGGUGGACGCGCACGGACGCGUGGCCGCGCACGUUCGAGCAAAUAAUUUAAACGGGAACGAGUACGUGCGCGCACUCGUAUUCUUUGUGUGGCAGCGUAGAGAAGCGCCAAAAGAGUGACCAUGGCUGAUGAAAAACCAAAGGAAGCGGUGAAGACGGAAAACAACGAACACAUAAACCUGAAGGUAGCAGGUCAGGACGGAUCUGUAGUGCAGUUCAAGAUCAAAAGACACACGCCGCUCAUCAAACUCAUGAAGGCCUACUGCGAGAGACAGGGACUGUCGAUGAGGCAAAUCAGGUUCAGAUUUGACGGACAGCCAAUAAACGAGACAGACACACCAUCACAGUUGGAAAUGGAAGACGAAGAUACAAUCGAUGUGUUUCAACAACAGACGGGAGGCCUGAUUUAAUCCCUCCUCAACACGACCGACUCUCCCGGCCUCACAACUCGUCCAACCGUCUCCACAGAAUUCCACGCAGAAGAAGUUUUCAUUUCUCUGCCGCACAUAACUGCUGUAUAGUAUUUUCAUUCUCGCCCCUCCGCCCUGUUACUUUUCUGUCUUUGUACAUAAACCACAUCCACGUCACCCUGAGUUCAGGUUUCUGUCUGUUCAUGCCGUCUUGUGGUAAAUGUCGAGCACUUCCCUUCCCAGCGUGAAGGCUUUGCUCUAAAGAUGCAGACAUGGUGAAAGAGUGAGGAAUAAUUAACUGACUUUGUUGAUCACAUAUUGUUGAGCUCGUCUUGGUCAGCGUCCAGCAAAUCUGUCCUUGAGGUUUUUCCACUCGUUGUCACUUGCUGGGUUGUCAUUUGGUUUUCUGUCAUCUUCAGUAAAAAAUAUUUGAUUUUAUACAUUUUUUAUAUAGUAGUGGAUGUGUAGGAAAAUGCUUUGAUUAAUCACUUCAAAAUUUUGGGAAGCCUGAUGAGGAUGUUUCAGUAAAAACAAACAUCUGUAUUGUCUAAGAUGCCUGUUCAAAUAAAGCUGUUGUCUUUUUUCCAAGCUUUCA